AGAGUUCUCUUUAUUGAAAUAAAGGGGAAGACCAGCAGGGAUCCGAUGGAGAAAUUGGAGACGCUCAGACUCAACAUAUGGAAUGCGAAUAUUUGGUUACCAGGGAAUGUGACAUGGGAAGACAUGAAGUCCAAGCCGGGAAGGCCGAUGCCGGAAUUCCAGGAUCUGCUCUAUGCCUUCCCAUUCUCCAUCUCCUUCCUCCUCUUUCGGAUCAUCUUUGACAUGCUCAUCAUGGAACCCCUGGCAAGAGCAGAAGUACAAAGUGUCAGCACUGUCGGCCCCUGCCAGCAAUCUAAGGUGGGUAUGGGGAAGGAAUACAUGGCUUUGAGCAGUGAUUUAUUCACGCAUUUGUUGGUCCCACAGGGCAAUGGGUCUCUAAACGCAGGCAGAAAAUGGAUCGAGAGGGAAAAGGGGAGCUUAAGGAGUGUGAAGGAACAACUUGAAAUCAGAAAAAUUAGGGAGACCGGGUAUAGAUCAGUCGCGCACAGCAUCGUCUUUUUAUUCGGAGUGUGGACGAUGGCAGACAAGCCCUGGCUGAGGAACACGGAUUUGUGCUUCUGGAACCCCCCACACCCCGUGCCGUGGGACAUAUGGUGGUAUUACAUGCUAGAGCUUGGAUUCCACAUAACCCAGACACUGAUGCUACCUUUCGACGUGAAGAACAGCGACUUCCUGGCACAGUUAACCCACCACGUGGUCACCAUCGGCCUCAUGAUGGGAUCCUGGACAGCCGGCACAAUCCGAAUCGGCUCCAUCGUACUGUUGGUCCACGAUUGCGCCGAUGUCAUCCUCCAGUGUGGCAAGCUGUUGAAAUUCUUUAAAGGACCAGACCCAGACGCCACCGUCUUCAAAGUCUUCCUCGCCUUCACUGCAACUUGGAUCCUCACCAGAGUCAUCUACUUCCCCCUCUACGUUAACAUCCCGGCCACCAAAGCCAUCCUCCACUUCGAUUACUUCUACUUCGCCAGCGUCUCCCUUGUCGUGCUGCUCUGGUCCCUGUUCCUUCUGCAUCUCUACUGGACUUACUUACUGCUCCGAGUCAUCUACGGCAUGGUCUUCAGAAAGAAAAAGCUGCACGACAACCGAAGCGAAGACGAAGAUUCUGACGAGGACGACGAAAUCGGCAAAAAUAAAUCGAAAUGAAAAUUUAUCCCUUUAAAUUCGGGAAUCGCCGACCGACAGGCAGCUGUUUAAACCUGUGCGGAGCAAAUGGAUAUAUUGAUUGUUGGCACGCUUUGCAAAUUUUCUGCAAAGUAUCUGUUUCCCUUUCCUGCUGGCCAAUUGAAAUGAAGAUUCGUCGGUCGCUAUUAAAAUUGGCACCAUUUUUAGCCUGGAAAAACGAGAUAUAAAAAAAACUUUCAUUCUCUGAGAUGUUUUGGACAAGGAAGAUAAUAUCGGAGCACGAGCUGUAUUAAACCGUUCUCACGUAAUGCAUGGUCUGGAAAAACACUGAGGAAGACCAGCAAAAAUCCUGAAAGAUCUUCAGGAAACAUCACACAGAAAGUUGUUGAGAAUAAAAUUUACUUUUGCAAAAAGGA